AACGGUUGAAUAUGUCUUCAUCACUUCCUGGAUUAAUUCAUGGCAACAGCGUAAGUGACACGUCACUGUGACGUAUACAAGUUUAAUUUAUGUUUAUAUCUUCAGUUAAAUCUCAGAGAUCAUGUGACCGUUUUGUUUGUAUCCUCAGUUAAAUCUCAGAGAUCAUGUGACCGUUUUGUUUGUAUCUUCAGUUAAAUCUCAGAGAUCAUGUGACCGUUUUGUUUGUAUCCUCAGUUAAAUCUCAGAGAUCAUGUGACCGUUUUGUUUGUAUCUUCAGUUAAAUCUCAGAUCAUGUGACCGUUUUGUUUGUAUCCUCAGUUAAAUCUCAGAGAUCAUGUGACCGUUUUGUCCAUGGUUUAAUUGUCGUGAAACGGGACCGUUUAAGCUCUUGUUUACGGUCGCCAUGUUACUGUCUCCAUGACAACCGGGGUAAACAUUUAAGGUGAGAUCUCUGUAACUUUGAGACGAACAGAGAGAGAGACUCAGGUACAGGGGGACUGAGAGACAGGUAGAGAGGCACAGACAGAGCUCAGUCUGGUAGACAGGUAGAGAGUGAGACAGACAGAGAUAGAAACAAGUAGAGAGACAAAGGGACUGAGAGAAAGAUAGAGAGAGAGACAGACAGAGAUAUAAACAAGUAGAGAGACAGAGGGACUGAGAGACAGGUAGAGAGAGAAACAGACAGAGAUAUAAACAAGUAGAGAGACAUAGGGACUGAGAGACAGGUAGAGACAGAGACAGACAGAUAUAGAAACAAGUAGAGAGACAUAGGGACUGAGAGACAGGUAGAGAGAGAGACAGACAGAUAUAGAAACAAGUAGAGAGACUGAGAGACAGACGAGAAGAGAGACAGACAGAGAUAGAAACAAAUAGAGAGACAGAGGGACUGAGAGACAGACGAGAAGAGAGAGUGGAUCCAGUCCUGCAGUUGUGAGUAAAUCUGUAGUAAACCCAGUUGUGGACAGAGGGACAGGGACCCAUCCUCGCGGCCCACGGACCGACUGAUGGAGGACAGACGGAGACAGGAGAAGACCCGGAUGAUGGAAGAAAGACAGAGACAGGAAGUCACCCGGGACGAAGUCCUGUCCUUCAGCCGGCAGCAGCAGAGCUGCGACAGGAAGUCGUCCUGGUUACUGAGUACUGAGAGACGCUUCCUGUCCGGAGACGUCCAGAGGACAAUCAGAGACACAAUGACGAAACAAGAAGUCCUGCUUGACCAGAGGAGGGACAGGCUACGUCUGAUGCUGCAUGCGGAGGAGCAGCUGCUCCUGCAGGAGGUCGAGGAUCAGUCGGAGAGCCAGGUGGAGCGACAGGCAAAGAUGAGAGAGCGAGUUACAGCUCUAAGAGAGAGGAGAGAGAGAGACAGACAGGUGCUCGUCUCCAAGAAGAUGGAGCAGCUCCACAGGGGUCGCUCUGAGGACCAGGUGGUUAAUGAACAGAUGUUGAAGGAGCAGCAGAUGUUGAAGGAGCAGCAGAUGUUGAAGGAGCAGCAGAUGUUGAAGGAGCAGCAGAAUGUGAAGCAGCAGCAGGAAGAUCAGCUAUUGGAGGAUCUUUGGGAAGCCGACCAAAGGGCUAAACUGCAGCGGGAGACAGAGCAGCAGUUGAAGCAGCAUCAGAGAAAGCUGCAGCAACAGGAAGUCUUGCAGAAACAGGUAGAGCUCACCCAGGAGAGGAAGAGGAAGGAGAAGGAGCUGCAGCGGGAGGAAGCUACACUCAUGCUGCAACAGCAGAACCUGCAGCAGCUGCAGUUACAGCAGGAGACGCAGCAGAGGCUGCAGGAGCAGCAGCAGAGGCAGUGUCAGCUGGAUCAGGGUCUGCGGAUGAAGAUGAAGCGACGGGCCAGAGAGCAGCAAGACAAGCUGCAGCUGGAAAUGCACUUCCUGCAGAACCUGCUGCAGCAGGAAACUGACGAGAGACAGGAAGCUGGUCACAGGAAGGUGGAGCUGCAUGAGCAGCAGCAGAUGUACCAGCAGUAUCUGAGUGAGGAGCUGCAGAAGGAGAGGAGACAGGAGGAGGAGGUGGAGCAGCUGAUGAAAGUUGAUGAAGAUGAGGUUUGGAGGAAAAGAGAUGAGCAGUGCCGCCAGCAGCGCAAGGCCAGAAAACAGCUGUUGGGGGAGGUGCUGCAGGCCCGCCAGCUGCAAAAACAACACAAACUGGAGCUGAAACUGCAGAAACAGGAGGAGCUGAACGCAGAGAAAGAGGAGCUGCAGUCUGUCAGGAGAGAGGAGGCGCAGCAGGAGGAGCAGGAGAGGAGACGUGUGCAGCAGGUGUCUCAGGUUUACCGGGCCGACCUGGAGGCUCAGAUGGAGGAGUGGCAGCUGAUGAAGAGGAAAAUGUAGAGGAAGCUGAUGGAGAUGAAGAUGUAGAGGAAGCUGAUGGAGAUGAAGAUGUAGAGGAAGCUGAUGGAGAUGAACAUGUAGACACAGCUGAUGAAGAUGUGGGGGGUGAUAUCUAAAGUGUGUAAGCAGUGACAUAAUAAAACAAAAAUCUUCCUUUUAUAUUUUCCUUUCUGCUGAUUCUUAAUGAAGAUUCUAAUUAAACUCCGUUUUAUUAUUAUUGUUAUUAUUAUUAUUAUUAUUAUUAUUGUUAUUACUAUUAUUAUUAUUAUUAUUAUUAUUAUUAUUAUUAUUGUUAUUACUAUUAUUAUUAUUAUUAUUAUUAUUAUUAUUAUUGUUAUUAUUAUUAUUAUUGGUGUUAUUAUUGUUAUUAUUAUUAUUACUAUUUUUGCUGUUAUUAUUAUUAUUGUUGUUAUUAUUAUU